AUGCAAGCUAUGUACAAUAAAUAUUUGGUAAGAGGCAGGGUAUGUUGGGCUUUCUUCGGAGCCCCAAACGCUACAUUAAUUGUAGCUUUUUUUUACUAUAGGUCGUUCCUCUCUCCUUGUGGAUCUUUUAAGGUUGGCUUGACAUUUUCCCCUUCCAGUUUCAAAUUUCCUGCUGCUACGAAGAAUAUUUACCAUUCCUUAAUCUUCUGCACACUGGAGUCCUUCUACGUGGCAUAUGGUCAACGGGAAUUGAAUCACCUGUACCUCAAACUGACGGGCCUGUUUUUCAGUUAUCUGGCCUGGGCUUUGGGCAUCAGUCUAGCCAACAGCAGAUCCUGGCGCCUGUGGGAGUGUAACAGCAACAUUGUUUCCAUUGUGUACAUUGGACUUUGGGAAGCUUUCUACUUUCAAAAAUUUAGCAUCUCUGGUGCAAUUGUUGAGUGGCCUAUGUAUGGCAGGAUCAAUGGAAGCUGGGUCAUUUCAGAUGAAAUCUGGUAUGGGCAGGGCCUGAUAUUGUUGGCAAAUUCUUUGAAUUCCAUAGUCCUGAUUUUUGGUUCAGUGUCACUUGUGGUCUGCUGGAUCCAUGCCCCAUACCCAGAUUUCCUUCGAUUGUGUUACAACAUCUCUGCCUUCUUUCUCAUCUGUAGUUGUAGUUGUACUAUGAUUACAGUGAGCUGAAAUUUUGCUGUGGAUUUUUAUGGCCAAACCAUCCUUGAUUUCCCACUUAGUUUUCCCAUUGGAAAAGAAAUGCUGAUAAGGAAAUGCUUCUUCUAUGUAUUCCCACUAGGAAUCACAGCUACCUUGCUCUUGCUAAUAAGUGCCACAAUGUUCUUCUGUGAAACAUUUUCCAUAAAACAGUGGAGUAAAAUGAAACCCGUGACUGUGGGCAAUUGUCUCAAACAAAAGAUCUGAAUGAAAGCCCUACUGUUUGGAAUGGCUGCCAAUAAUUCUC